UCAGAGAGGCAGAGAAGAAGAAAGAUGGCGGCUCUAGGCGAACCCGAGCGGGACGCCGGGGUAACGUUUUGAGCUUUCCGACCCGAAAACACGUCAGGGUUCUGCCGGGUUUCUGCACCGUCCGAACCCCCGCCGGUCCAGCUUUGAACGUUGGCUGUUUUCACUCGUAUCCGUGUCGGUUAAAUCAACGCAAACAUCGGGAUUGUAACAUAAUAGAGUUCGGUUAACAUGAGAGGGAAAAGGGGCAGGCCGCCCAAACCGCUACAAGCAGAGGCCCGAGGGUUGAGACCGAGGAGGAACCUGAAGCCCCGGUUCAGGGACAGCGGGGACGAGGACGUGGAGAGCCCCACAAGGGAGCCCACCAAGGCGGCGAAGAAGAGGAAAGCGGGAUCUGUCACGUCAACGCGGGGCAGGGGACGAGGGAGAGGUGGAGGAGGAGGAGGAGGAGGUGGAGGCAGAGGAAGGGGCCGUGGAGGGAAGCGGACCACUGCGUCCAAAACAGUGGUGUACGACGACCACGAAAGCGACGAGGAGGACGACGCAGUCAGCCUGAGGUCGGAGGAGGACGAGUUUGUUGAGGAGGAACCUCCAUCCGAGGAGGACGAGGCCCUGAAAGAGGAGUCGGACUGUCUUGAUGAGGAGGAGGAGGAGGAGGAGGUGGCGGAUGAUGCCAGCUACUGUACGGAGAGUAGCUUUCGGAGUCAGAGCACACACGCCAGCACUCCGGGUAGGAAAAAAGGACGGGCUCCCCGACCUCGCACUCCCAUCUUCGAGGAGAAGGAGAUCCCUCCUCUUGAGCUUCCUGACACCUCCGAGGAUCUCCUGGUGCCUAGCGAGGAGCUGCUCAACGCCGCCUCCAUCUACGAGGUGCUGCGCAACUUCAGCACGGUGCUGCGCCUCUCCCCCUUCCGCUUUGAGGACUUCUGUGCAGCACUGGUCGGCCAGGAGCAGUGUACUUUAAUAGCAGAGACCCAUAACGCCCUGUUGAAGGUCAUCCUACGUGAGGAGGACACUUCGAACACAACCUUUGGCCCCGCUGACCUCAAGGACAGCGUGAACUCUACUCUGUACUUUAUCGACGGCAUGACAUGGCCCGAGGUGUUGCGGGCGUACUGUGAGAGCGACAGGGAGUACCACCAUGUCCUGCCGUAUCAGGAGGUGGACGAGUAUCCCUACGGUCCACUCGAAAGUAAGAUCAAGGUGCUGCAGUUUUUGGUGGACCAGUUUCUAACCACCAACAUAGCCCGCGAGGAGCUGAUGUCCGACGGCAGCAUGCAGUACGACGACCACUGCCGCGUGUGUCACCGGCUGGGCGACCUGCUGUGCUGUGAGACCUGCUUUGCAGUCUACCACCUGGAGUGUGUGAAACCCCCACUGGAGGAGGUUCCUGAGGACGAGUGGCAAUGUGAGAUCUGUGUGGCGCACAAGGUGCCGGGUGUCACAGACAGUGUGAUGGAGGUGCAGAAGAACAGGCCCUACAUCCGCCAGGAGCCAAUCGGAUACGACCGCCACCAGAGGAAGUACUGGUUCCUAAACCGACGGAUUAUUGUCGAGGUGGACGCGGAGCACGAGAAGAAAAAUAUCUGGUACUACAGCACCAAGGCGCAGAUGGAGGAGCUCAUGGACUGCCUGGAUCGGCAGUACUGGGAGAUGGACCUCCAUGCCACCCUGGAGGAGAUGAAGGAGGAGGUGCUUGCCCACAUGGCCAUCACGGAAGACCUCACCAACAAAGCCCGCGGAAACAAUAGAUCCUACCUCUCUGCUGCCAACGAUGUAGUCAUGGAACACAUGAAGGUCCGGCGGGAGGCACAGGAAGCAAAGAGGCGAGCAGAGGACCCAAAGCAGGAAGCAGAAACGGGCUCUGUUAAGACAGCGGAGGACACCGUUACCUCGAUGCUCGACAACGGCGAGCACAAAGACUCCGAGGCCAAGGAAGAUGCUAGUUCACAAGCAGCCACGGUUCACCCUGCUGCAGAGGAGAGCUGCAUGUCUGACCCUAGCUCCUGCUCGGUCGCCACGGAUGCAGCCGUGCCUAAAACGGAGUCCCUCGAAACCAACAGGGAAACGCAGCCCGCUCACUCUGAGAGCCAGGAGAGUGGGGAGUCCCCUCCAGUGGCAAAGCAGGAAAGGACAGACGAAGGUGUGAAAGCCGAGUCCAGCAGUGAGGACAAACGCCCUGACAUCUCCAAAGAUCAGCCCCAGCCGCGGUCAUCUCAACCAGAGGAGAGCAGUGGCAGCAGCCAGGUUUCAGGCCUCCAGAAACCAGAGCACCCCGACCUGGCUGAUCCGUCCUCCCAGUCCUCUUUCACCAGCCAGGAUGGGACAGACGAGUAUGUAAACAGGGUCAAGAGCGAUAAUGGGAGACCGGCAAGACAGGAAUCGAAUAACCGAACGACCAGAGGCAGCAAAGAGUCAUCUCCUGUACGCUUCGACGGCGAGUCUUCGCGUCUCAGCUUCUUGAAAAGGGAACUGACGGUGAACUUGAACAACUUGUUCAAACUGGGUCAGGAGGGUAAAUACAGGGUCUACCACAACCAGUACAGCACCAACGUCCUGGCCCUGAACAAACACCAGCACCGCGAGGACCACGACAAGAGACGCCACCUCUCCCACAAGUUCAGCCUGACCACCGCGGCCGAGUUCAAGUGGAAUGGCUCCAUCUACGGUUCACGGAGCCUGACUGUCUCCACCCUGCGGCUCACCAUCAUCCAGCUGGAGACCAAUGUUCCUGGACCAUUUAUGCAUCCGAACUGGGCAUCGCACAGGACCAACUGGAACAAAGCAGUGCAGAUGUGCAGCAAGGCCAGGGAAUUUGCUCUUGCCUUGGCCAUACUGGAGUGUGCCAUCAAACCAGUGGUCAUGCUGCCUGUAUGGAAAGAUUCUCUUGGACACACAAGGCUACAUCGUAUGACCUCCAUGGAGCGGGAGGACAAGGAGAAGGUGAAAAAGCGUGAGAAAAAGCUGGAGGAUGAGGAGACACUCCAACAGGCCACCUGGGUGAAGUACACCAUCCCCAUUAAGCACCAGGUGUGGAAGCAGAAAGGGGAGGAGUACAGAGUGACAGGAUAUGGUGGCUGGAGUUGGGUCAGCAAGACUCAUGUGCCGCGGUUUGUCCCAAAGCUACCAGGGAACACAAAUGUAAACUACCGCAAAGAGCUUGAGGCUAAAAUGAGGAAGGAAAAUGCAGCAGCUCGCACUAAUAAGCAGAAAAAGUUGAUGGAAACUGAGAAGCAGACAACUCAGAACCCACCGCACGGGGACAUUGAACAAGCAUCCAUCACUGAGUCUUCUCAGAGCACUUCAUCAGAGGAAGACUGCAAACCCCAGACCCCAAAAGAGGAAGACAAACCCACGGAAGAGGAGCUGCCAAAGACGGUAGAAGAAAAGAGUGAAAAUGAAAAAAUGGAGAUUGACCCCUGCUCAGAAACUGCUGUUUCAAGUGGCGAGAAAGAUAAAGCUGAGAACAAAGACUCUUCCUCGCCCUCUGAGUCGCCUGUGAGGGAAGAACCAAUUCAGAAAGUUGAACAACCCAAGAGUGAGGAGACCACUGCAUCAAAGACCUACUAUGAUGUUGUGAAUGUCAGCGAGGGCUUCCAGCUGCGGACAGCUUAUAAGAAGAAAGUAAAGCCUUCCAAACUGGAUGGGCUUUUGGAGCGGCGGGUAAAACAGUUCACCUUGGAGGAGAAGCAGAGGCUUGAGCGAAUGAGACAGGCGGCACUGCUUUCCAAAACGGCUGCCACAAAGCCUACAUCCGCGUUUAAGACAGAAGGAUCCACAUUAGGGAAACAGCCGCCUGCUGUGACCCCCUGUGUAAAGAAAGAGAAGGAGGAGGGCCCUCAAGUGAAAGACCAGGUGGUUAAAAAGCUGAACUUUGAGCAGGAGCAAACGCAGAUAAAGGCCGACAUGGAUGUCAAAUCGGAAACCACAGAACCUAACCACAGCAAACAGCCGGAGGUAAAUGCUGUGCAGGGGAACUGCGGGGAGGCCUUAGCUCACAAAGAAGUGAACGGAGGAACCCUGUCAAGCACGGUGCCUGACAGUACAAACAAUUGUAUAUCAGGUGCAAUAGAAAGCAAAGAAAAAACACAGAAGCUAGAGGUUGCUCGAGUGGGAGAGAAUGCUAAGAAACGUGGAUAUGAGGAAAUGGAGCAAAGCUGUGGACAGAGCAUGGAGGUAGACCAAAGCAAGACCAGUCCUGUGCAGGUCAAUGGGAAAACUGGGGUUACCGACCCUGCAGACUUAAACACCAACUCAGACCCAGACAGUCGUGACCAAGGGGAUGUCAAGGAGCCUGUCAAGUCUCUGAUGAAUGGAAACCUCUCGCAAAAUGAUGUCACAGACUUGUGUCACCCACCUCCCCUGAAAGUCCUGAAAUUAGAGAACCAUGUGGCAGAGAAAGGAGAUUCUCUCAAUAAGACUGUGGAUGUGGCCAUGGAUAGUGACGGGACAGUGCCUGCUAAGCUUCUAUCUUCAAGCCCUUCUUGCCUGAAUAGUAAUAGUGUCGACAGUAACAGCAGUAGCAAAGGUUUGCCGUCCUCAGCUGAUACCACCACAGAGUCCCAAAAUGUCCCAUCAACUGACCUGUCCAGCAAGAUCAUUAAGUCUGAUGUGACAACUCAAGCAGUAAGCAGCGCAGUCUCCUCUGCAACCACCACCAUCACCACCAACCAGCCCAGCUCCAGGGCAACUGGCCCUCAGAGGACUAGACUUCCAAUAGCCGACACCAAGACGGGCCCUUCAACCAGCUCCAUGACGAUUAGUAAAGAGUAUUCCACCAAAGACCGGGUCAGCCUUCUCAGGUUCUCCAAAUCCAGGAAGGCCCGCUCGGGGACUGCCCUGCCGUCCUACCGCAAGUUUGUCACCAAGAGCAGCAAGAAGAGCAUCUUCAUCCUGCCGAAUGACGACCUGAAGAGAAUGGCGAGGAGGGCCGGCAUCAGAGAGGUGCCCAUCUUCAACUACAACGCCAAGCCGGCCCUGGAUAUAUGGCCCUACCCCUCACCUCGUCCCACUUUUGGUAUCACCUGGAGGUACCGUCUCCAGACUGUGAGGUCGCUGGCUGGGGUCAGCCUGAUGCUGAGGCUGCUGUGGGCCUGCCUGAGGUGGGACGACAUGGCUGUUAAGCCGUCUGCUGCUGUAGGGACGACACGGAAAGAAACAACGGAGACAGACAUCACCACGACAGAGAUCAUAAAACGGAGAGACGUGGGGCCUUACGGCAUCCGCUCAGAGUACUGCAUCAGGAAGAUCAUCUGUCCCCUCGGAAACAGAGACACUCCCAAAGAAACGCCCACUCCACAGAGGAAAGGCCUGCGCUCAAGCGCCUUGAGGCCAAAGAAGCACGAGCCGGCCAAGCUGACUGGGCCUGUAGCUGUGGAGACAUGGGUGGCUGAAGAGGACCUGGAGCUGUGGGAGAUCAGGGCGUUUUCUGAAAGAUUGGAGAGGGAAAAGUCCCAGGGUAUUGAUUCCUCCAAGACUGGCAGCAGUCUGAAGACAGCAGAGGAAGUCAAGGCCCAUUUGGAAAAUCAGCUGAAGCAGGCCAGACUUGCUGCCCAGCAGAAACGUCUGGAGCAGCAGAGGCCGGGUACACCCUCCAACACUCCCACGACAACCACCACCACCUCGGCCAGUACUCCCAGCACCCCAGCUUUCAUGGUCCAGAGGACAGGUCAGGUCACAUCUGGAGCUAAGAUGGUCCUGGCCUCCAAACUGGGCUCUCCUGUUUCCUUCCAGCAAGACAAAAACUUCCAUCAGUCUUUUGCUUCCUGGGUCAAGCAGGGUCAGACCAACAACACCUCAGGUGUAGUCCAGCAGAAAGUCCUGGGCAUUUUCCCAUCUGGGCCCCCUGCAAACCUUAGGACGUACAGCACACUACACCCUACGACUGGCAACAUCAACCUCAGAGCCAGCACCUCCUCAACCACACAGCAGGUCGUCACAACAGGAGGCCAAAUGGGGCAUGUUUCAACGAUGAGCCAGUCACAGACCCAGUCUACCUCUGUGGGCAUAGCGAUGGCCAAAGUUCCAGCCUUGGCUCAGCAAGGCCAACCUCAGCCGUCUGUGACACAGAUGGGUCCUGCUUCUACACCUGUGCAGACGACUGCUGCUCAGAGGGCAGCUGGUCCUGCAACAACACCUCAUGCAGCGACCACAGCACCUGGACAGUCACCUGUAGCUUCCUCCCAGACAAACAGACCACAGCAGGGUCAAGUUAAACUCACCAUGGCACAGCUCAUGCAGCUCACACAGGGUGCUCAGGGUGGAAACCCAGGUCUGACGGUGGUGAUCCAGGGUCAGGGCCAGACCCAGGGACAGCUGCAAAUCAUCCCACAGGGUGUAACAGUCAUCCCCGUUCCUGGUCAGCAGCUAAUGCAGGCAGCCAUGCCCAACGGCCAAGUCCAGCGCUUCCUCUUCACUCCCAUCCCCCCAUCCUCGUCAGCUGCAAUUUCAGCACCCACACAGACACCUCAAGCCCAAAUGUCAACACCAUCUCAAGCCAGAAUCCCCGCGCAGGUCCAGACGACUCCCUCGGCCCUGGCCCAAACCCAAAUGGCAGCCCCUCUACCCACCAUAACACAUAUGCCGAGCUUGGCGCCAACGGUUCCUGUGCAAACCCAAGUUGCAGCCGCUACUACCCCGUUAUCAGUCCCUGCACAACCUCAAGUAUCCACUCCUGUGCCGGCCCUGCCUCACGUUGCAGCGCAGGCCUCAAAACAGGUUUUAUCCUCCACACCAGUCUCUGUCCCCGCACAACCCCAAGUGGCAAGAUCUGUGCCUUCCCCGGCACAAAAUGCCGGCCCGGCUAUGUCCCAGACAGUCUUUGCCUCAGCCUCAACCCCUGUUCAAACCCAAAUCUCCACCCUCACCCCGGGCUCAUUCCCUACACAAACCCAAACUGCAGUGUCGCUGCCUGUCCCGGGACAUAUCGCACCUCAGGCCCAGAUCCAGACUCAUGUCUUCAGCCAUGCCCCCGCUUUAGCCCCGCUUUCAGUCAAGUCCGCCACCCAAGUUGCCGCUACAGCGCCCGCUUCUCACUCUCUUCCCUCGCCUGUCCAAGUUCCAACCCCAGCCCUCGCUCCCGUCUCUGCUCCCGUGGUAGCCGUUGUGUCCAGCCACAUCGCCGUCCCAUCCCCAGCCAAAGCUCUCACCCAUAUCCAGGCCACAGCUCCUGUUCCCCUUCAUGCCGCUGUGGCCAACGCUGUUGUCACACCAGUCACCGCCACUUCAACAACACCCUCAGUGCCAGCUCUGACAGAGCAGAGGGCAGGUCAUCCCCAGGUUUGGACUCCGGCCUUAUCUCAAGCUCGGACCCCUGUUCAGCCAGCCCAGCAGGCUGCAGCUCCAGCGCAGACACCCGGCAUGGCCACUGUACCCGCCUCUGCAUCAGUCUCCAUGCAUUCAUCACCUGUGACCCCUCUGCCUCAAGCAGCUCUUCUUCCUCAAGCUCAAGGACUCAUCCAGCACCCUACUGUUGUAUCCGUGCAGCAGGUGUCUCAAAUCCCAGUCUCAGCAGUGCAGGUUCACAUGGGUUUACCAGUCUCUUCUGUUGUUACUACGGUCAGACCCCCACAGCCUCAGCUCCAGCCCCAAACCCUUGCUCAACUUCAACCCCAGCGUCAAGCCCAGAUCCGUGCGCAGAUUCAGGUCCAACCCUUUGGCCAAGUCCAACAAAUGCAACACAUUCAGGCUCAACCCCAUCUCCAGGCGCAAGCCCAAAGCCACCCCCAAGUCCGGGUUCAGUUUCAGCCACAAACUCAGCAACCACCCCAAGCCCAAGUACAGCCCCUUGCUCAAACUCAACCUCAGGUGCAGUUUCAGUCCCAAACCCAAAAUCAAACCUUGCCCCAGGUUCAGGCCCAGCUCCAAACACGGGUCCAGCCUCAGUACCACCCCCAGGUACAGGCUUCAUUUCAAACCCAACCCCAGGCUACCCAACAGCCCCAGGUCCAAUCUCAACCCCAGGUUCAGUCUCAGGCCCAAACUCAGCUACAGCCCCAGAUCCAAACCCAACUCCAUCCCCAGGUUCAGGUCCAGUUCCAGCAACAGAGCCAGGUUCACCCACAACCACAAACCUUGCAGCAACCCCAGGUUCAAACUCAAGCUCAAACCCAGCCCCAGUUUCAAGUCCAGUCACCGCAGCAGACCCAGGUCCAGCAACAGCUUCAGGUCCAAGCCCAACCCCAAGUCCAAGCUAAGCUCCAAGUCCAGUUCCAGCCUCAGAACCAAACUCAAGUUCAAGGGCAGCCUCAGCUUCAGGUCCAGUCCCCUAUCAGGCAUCAGCUCAUCACCGUUCCAGGUCUCCAACAGCCUGUCCAGCUUCUCUCAGCUCUGCCACCCCAUGUCGCUGCUCAGAUCCAAGCCCAGAUCCAGGCACAGCAGCAGGGCGGCACGGUUCCCCAGCAGAUCAAACUGCAGCUGCCCAUCCAGAUCCAGCAAACAGGGGGGCAAAUCCAGGCCCACCAAAUCCAGAACAUGGUGACCAUACAGGCACCAGCGAGUGUCCAGGAGCAGCUCCAGAGAAUACAGCAGCAGCAGCAACAGCAGCAACAACAACAAAACAAACAACAGCAACAACAACAACAACAGCAGCAGCAGCAACAACAACAGCAACAACCACAACCACAGCAGCCACAGCAACAAAAACCAAAGAAGAAGAAACAACAGGAGGUUAAAAAGGAACCGAAAGAGCAGAAUCUGCAGGCCGUUAGCCCCGGGGAUGGUAUCCAAAAGCAGGUGGUUGUGAAGCAGAACGCUACAGCGGAACAGCUGAAACAGAGGAAGACCCUGGCUGCAGCUGAGAGAGAGGAGAACCAGAGAAUGAUCGUGUGCAACCAGGUGAUGAAGUUCAUCCUCGACAAGAUCGAGAAGGACGAGAAGCAGGCGGCCAAGAAGAGGAAGAAGGAGGAGGUGGUGGAGCAGAAACGCUCCAAACAGAACGCCUCAAAGCUGACUGCGCUGCUGUACAAGCACAAGGAGCAACUGAAGGCGGAGAUCCUGAAGAAGAGGGCCCUGCUAGACAAGGAGCUGCAGCUGCAAGUACAGGAGGAGCUGAGGCGGGACAUAGCCCGGCUACAAAAAGAAAAGGAGAAAGCCAGAGCUGCCAUCACUCAGGCGGCUGCAGCGACAGUCAAGGCGGCUUCUUCUCACUCCUCCCAUCCCUCCCACUCCACACAUUCCUCUCACAGUACCCUCACAGCGACCUCGCCGUCAUCAUCCCAUAAACGCAAGAGGGAAGAGGAGAGGGACAAAGACAGAAGCAAAGACAGGGACAGGCACCACGACAAGGACAAGCAUCACGACAAGGACAAGAAGCGGGACAGGGACAAGGAGCGAGACAGAUGUAGAGAGAGAGACAAAGACAAAGACAAGGACAAGGACAAAGACAGAGAUGUGGAUCGAGAGACGGAGAAGGAGCGGGACAGACAUCGGGACAGAGAAAAGGACAAAGACAGGGACAGAGACAAGGACGGAGAUUCAAGCUCAUCCAAACACAAGAAGAAGAAGAAGCUGUCUUCUACCUCAAAGGAUCAUAAGAAGGACAACAAAUUGUACUGUAUCUGCAAAACGGCCUACGACGAGUCGAAGUUUUACAUCGGGUGCGACCUUUGCUCCAACUGGUUCCACGGCGCAUGCGUCGGCAUCACAGAGAAAGAGGCCAAGAAGUUGGAGGACUUUGUGUGCAACGACUGCAAACGUGGUCAGGAGGGAGCCAGCAACGAGGAGCUGUACUGCAUCUGCCGGACGCCAUAUGACGAAUCACAAUUCUACAUAGGCUGCGACCGCUGCCAGAACUGGUACCACGGCCGCUGCGUGGGCAUCCUGCAGAGUGAGGCCAAUCACAUCGAUGUGUACGUCUGCCCGCAGUGUCAGUCGACGGAAGACGCCAUGACAGUCCUCACGCCGCUCACGGACAAAGACAAUGAGGGGUUGAAAAGAAUAUUGCGCUCGUUACAGUCUCACAAAAUGGCAUGGCCUUUCCUCGAACCGGUGGAUCCCCACGACGCCCCUGAUUAUUAUCGCGUAAUCAAGGAGCCAAUGGACUUUUCCACGAUGGAAACCCGCUUGCAAAAGCGACAUUACCACAAGCUCACCGAGUUCGUGGCCGACGUGACCAAAAUCUUCGAUAACUGUCGCUAUUACAACCCCAACGACACACCCUUCUUUCAGUGCGCCGAGGUGCUCGAAGCCUUCUUUGUACAGAAGCUCAAAGGUUUCAAAGCGAGCAGAUUGUCAGAUUCUUAGGUGGGCCAGUCUAGCUGGAGUCUGGACUGGAUGCUGGGGUCUCUAGUAAUAAUGACAUGGGAACUUUCUAUUUCCAGAACAGCAAAAAAAAAAAAAAAAAAAAAAAAUCUGU